UGACCGAGCAGCGGGGCCGCGCCCGAGCACCAUGGCGACGGCGCGCGCAGGGCCCGGCUCCCUGCCGGUGCCGGGCGCCCGGUUCUUCUGUACCGCGGGCCGCGGCCUGGAGCCGUUCGUGAUGCAGGAGGUGCGGGCACGGCUGGCGGCCACGCAGGUUGAAUGUACUUCAGGAAAGGUUUUUUUCACUACCUGUUCUGACUUGAAUAUGCUGAAAAAAUUAAAAUCUGCUGAAAGAUUAUUUUUGCUGAUUAAAAAGCAGUUUCCACUUACUGCUUCUUCUGUAACUAAAGGAAAAAUAUUAAACAAAGUACAACGGCUUAUCAAUGAUGACCCUCAAAGCUGGUUGGAUGCCAUUUCAGUUUGGAAAAAUCUUCUUGAACUUGAUGUAAACAGGGAAGAACUUUCUCAGAGUGUUGCUAACCCACUAAAAAGAAAACAGGAAGAAGAUGAAAGCAUCAUUGCUAAGAAAUUAAAGACAGAAGAAAUGCAAAGGGUUGAAGAGAGUCACGGGGAAUGCCAGCUGGAAGAAGACAGACAGGGGCAGAGAGAUGCUACUGAUGAAAGAGAGAAAGCUGGAGAAGGAGACACUCGGAAGGAGGUAAAGGAAGCAGCUGGCACUGGCAGCCAGAAGGACUUGACAUUCAGGGUGUCCUGUCGCUGCAGCGGAAGCAUCGGGAAGGUCUUCACUGCACAGGAAAUUGGAAGAGUAAUUGGAAUUGCUGUUAUGAAGCAGUUUGGAUGGAAAGCAGAUUUGAGAAACCCAGAUGUAGAGAUCUUUGUACAUCUAAAUGACAUUUACACUGUAGUAGGGAUUCCUGUGUUCAGGGUACCUUUAGCCAGCAGAACUUACAUUAGGACAGCUGGCCUCCGGUCCACAAUAGCAUGGGCAAUGGCAUCUCUUGCAGAAAUUAAGGUUGGCACGUUUGUUUUAGAUCCAAUGUGUGGACUUGGAACAAUACUUCUGGAAGCUGCUAAAGAAUGGCCAGAAGGGUACUACGUGGGUGCUGAUGUCAGCGACUCGCAGUUACUUGGUGCGAGUGACAAUCUGAAAUCUGCAGGCCUUAAUGAUAAAAUUGAGUUGCUUAAAGUCUCUGUUAUAGAAUUGCCACUGCCUUCAGAAAGUGUUGAUAUUAUUAUUUCUGACAUUCCAUUUGGGAAAAAGUUUAAACUAGGAAAAGACAUCAAAACCAUUCUACAAGAAAUGGAGAGAGUGCUGCAUGUUGGUGGAACCCUCGUACUGUUGCUGAGUGAAGACCAUCACAAGCUCCUUAUAGAUGGUGGAGGGAGCCAUGCACCUUCGGUUCCCAAAGGCACCCACGCUGAUGAAUGUGAAGUUAAGCAGUGCUUGACUCCUGAUGGAAAAGCUGCCAUAUCAGAGAAAGUUACAGCUGCACAUGAAACUGGUAACCAGGAGCAUUCUGACAAACUGUUGCCAUUUGGCUCUUUGGUGCCAGUAAGGUGCUACAAAGUUAGCCUUGGAAAAACAAAUGCAUUCAUAUGUAAAUACAAGAAGUCAUCGCAUUCUGGACUGUAGUGGACUUGCUGCCCUGAGGCAGGUGCAGGUCCCUAGAUGUCAGCUUUGUGGGAAUCUUGUUGUCUGCUGGAUUCAUUGUGGGACCAGAGUUCUAAAGCAUCAUUCUCCUGAAGACAAGACGUGAUGACUGACACAAUACUUAGUACUGUGCGCUUAAAGUGCUUACUGUUCCUGAGAGAGAACAGAUGAUGAAUACCUCGAAAGGAUGCUGAAGUUCUGUCAGAUGGUGAAAAGACCUGCUCCACCAUGCAUUGCAUCUGAGUAGAAGCUUCAGCCUCCGAGUAAAAGUGUCCAGGGUUUCACAUGAGUCUGUGAUAGGUGUUUUACCUAUCAUAUUUUUAGAAUUCUAGAAACCUUAAUCUGUAACUUCUGUACUAAAUUUGAUUUUAUGAAUCUACAAUUUUCUUCUCCAUUAAAAUGAAAAUAAUUUUAAUGGCAAGACAUUUUAUAUGACAUGUAACAUAAAACAUCAGUAAGAAUAAUAAUAAUAUGAAUAAAGUCAGUAUCCUUUAGCAUGAUGGAAAAAUGAAAUUUGUACUUUUUCUUCCAAAAAGCAUUAAUUGUGACCUUACCCUCAUUUGAAGAAAUUCAAUGUUACCUGUUCACUACUUGAGAAAAACAGAAAGUUGGUUAAAAUCUAUGUUCUGAUUUAAUUUUUUUUUUAAUACUCUGAUCUAGUGCUCAAGUUUUUGGCUGGUUUAUUACCACUUAAGCAAUCAUUCUAUGUUUGAGAAAUUUUAUGUCCUGUCCUUUUGAAAGAGGAAGCCCCAAACUUUGCUUCCCACCAGAGCAUGGUCUUGGUUCCAUCUCUGUUGUCUUGGUUACUUUUCUCUCGUUGCUGAAACAAAAUACUUUAUGCCCAAAAUGAAGGAAAGGUUUAUUUAGCUUACAGUUUUCAGAGGUUUCAGUCCAAACUCAGCUGGCUCCAAGGCAGGAUGGCACGGCUAAGAGGCAGCCUUUCAUGGUGGCCGCAAGCAACAAGAGCAAAAGGGAAAGAGUGAAAUGCACACCUCCUUCCCUCCUGCCUUAUGUUGCAUGCCAGCUCCCCAUCCCAGGGUGAGUGCAGCAUGCACACCACUAAUCCCAGUGCUAGACAACCAACCAAUCACAAACAUUAGACUCAGCCACCUUUGAAAGCCUCCCCGCCAUGCCCACAUGAGAUUUGGGGGGACAUUUAAACACAAACCAUAACACCUGGUAACAAGGUACCUUCAUCAAUAUGAGUUUCGUCAUUUGUGCCUGGCAGCAACAGCAACAAAGUGGUCACCAGGACAUCCUUGUCCUGGAGUUUCAGCAGUACUCCCGGCUGCGUAGCCCCUAAACAGGACUCUCUGGCUUUCCUAGAGAAUGCUGAGAGCUACUACAAAUCUUGAAUACAUUUCAUUCUUGCUACAAUUGUCUAGAUUUGUUAGCAGCUAGAAUUUUAAUGUGGGGAUAGAUAUUCUAAGGGAUUUCAAGCAGCAAGCCCCAGAAGUAUGAAUUUUUUAUUGGUUAUCAGGCCUAGUUGGAUUAAAGACAGAUUAUGGCUAGUAAUAUAGACAGUUUAUGACAUGCAACAAUGGUGAAACAUUUCAUUAUCCCUGUGAUCUCCCAGUGUUAUAAGAGGUAGCCAGAACCUAAGGAGCACAAGCACUGUGAACUGCUUUUAGCAAAAGAACUUGACAGCUCAGAGGAAAAGAGCAAGACUCCUCAGUUGUUAUUGUUUCAAUUAAUGCAGUGGUCUCAGCCAUGAGUAAUUUACAGAGAGAGAGCGAGAGAGAGAGAGCGAGAGAGAGAGAGAGAGAGAGAGAGACGCACACACACAUGGGAAUGUCUAUAGACUGAGAGACCCAGCACCCUGAGAUCCAGCUAUGGUGAGACUCAGGCUGCUUAUACUUCUGCCCUCCUGGAAAGUGCCCCCGGUGAGGGCCAGGAAGAGAACCAGCACUCCCAGAAUGGCCAUGGUGGGACUCAGGCAGCUUAUUCACCUGCCCUCUUGGUAAGCACCCCCGGCAUGGGCCAGGAAGAGAACCAUUGACUCCUGUGAGCCUACUGGCACGCGGGCUGAAAAUCAGACACCCUUCCCCCUCCCGUUCCCCGCUCCAUAUCUACUGGGGAUAGAUGUCUCAGCAUCUCUUGGGAGGAUGACCAUAUGCAGUAUAGCAAAUAUGGGGGAUUUCCUUCUAUCUUCUGUUUGAAGGCAAAGGUUGUUUUCACUGUUUUGUUAUGUUUCUUUUGCUCUAUUCAAUAAUCUCAAUUGGCUUUAUAAUCUGGUUUUGGUUUGAUUUUGCUAUACCUAAUUGACUGGACUAUUGUGAAGUUAACGAGAUAUACCAUAGUAUCUAUUACUACUAUCCCAGUAUCCUACUGUGAAAUUCUGCACCGAUUUCACUGUAUUGUCUCAGUUGGCUUUGUUCUGUCUUGUUCUGUUGCAUUUUUACUACUUUAAAAAUAAAAUUAAAAAAGAAAAAAGAGAA